CUCAUCUGAAAUAAUUGCAGAUUAUAAUAAUACUUACAAAGUCAAUUGGACUGAAGUUAACAAAUAUAUAAACUAUUAUAUUGGAGAAAAGGUUCUUCACCUAUAUGAUAAAGAGAAUAAAUUUACAUUAUUCUAUCCAAUACAACAUGAUGAAUUUAACAUUAAGGAUUAUAAUUCCAUUAUAGCAGUUGUUGAACAAUUUGAAAUGGAGAAGCUUGGGAUCUUUUUAAAGAACUUUAAGGCAUGUUAA